AUGGAGAGUGUUGUAGAAGCAAUCAUCGUUCCAUGCCCAAACGCAAAACAUGGCUGCACCGAAAAGUUCUCUUAUGGUAAAGAAAUAGCCCAUAAGAAAGAAUGCAGUUUCGCCCUAUGCUACUGUCCAACACCAAACUGCAAAUACAGUGGCGACAAGGACCUCUACAGUCACUACUAUGCUAACCACAAGGACGAGGAAUUAUGGAACUGUUUCGUGUGCGGCCGUUCCAGUGGCGCAUGGAUACCCACAAGGGAGAAGAUUUUGAUCCUUCAGGAGUCUAGUGAUGGUCCAUUGGUUGUGCUCCAGUGUUUCAAUGAACCACAAGGAAUGUAUGUAACUGUGAACUGCUUAGCACCUUGUGCUCCAGGAGUUGGGAGAUUCUCAUAUCAUCUUUCCUACACGUUUGGAGAUGCAACUAUGACGUUUGCCUUAGAGGAGAUGAAUAGGAUUCAGAAAGUGAGCUUGGAAACUCCUGAGAAGGACUUCAUGUUAGUUCCUUACUAUAUUGUGGGUCAGAAAGUUAGGUUGAAGAUGGUUAUUUGCAUCCGCCGGCUAGAAGAAGAAAAAGAAGUUGAUGAGGACGAGGAUGAAGAUGAAGCUGAAGAGGAGUAA